AUGCCUCUUCCAGAAACCAUGUUUUGUGCUCAGCAAAUCAAAAUCCCCCCUGAGCUACCUGAUAUUCUGAAGCAAUUUACUAAAGCUGCUGUUAGGACUCAGCCGCAUGAUGUUUUGCAGUGGGCAGCUGCGUAUUUUUCAGCGUUGUCAAAAGGCGAGCCCCUUCCUGUGAAGGAGAGGAUUGAAUUGCCUUUAGCAACAGAGAAAACAGAGGCUGGUUUGACUCCAGGACUCCUUAAAAUCUUGCAUAAACAGCUUUCUCCCAAAGGCAUGGUGAAUGUUGCAGAACUGAAGGAAAAAUGGAAGCACUUGUGCUUGCCAGAGGAGCAGCUGAACGCUAUCCUGCAGUUGGAUGGCUUUGGUGAGGAGGUGGAAUGGAUGAAGUUUCUGGCACUUGGGUGCAGCGUGCUCGGCAGGUCCUUACUGAGUUCAAUGAAACAUGCCUGCGAAAUCUUAACGAGGGACCCAGAAGGUGGAGCAGCUCGCAUUCCCUUUGAAACAUUCUCGUUCCUUUACUCGUAUUUGGCCACUAUUGAUGGAGAGAUACCAGAGGAGAAAACUGAAACAUUCCUCCACGGAAUUAAAGAACAAGCGGACCAACAAAGUGGCAUGGUGUUGCUCAGAAACUUUCUGACUCAGCCCUCGACACUGUUUUAA